AUGGGCCCAGGGGAUCGAGGGCCGAAGACCACGGAAGACCGGCGCGCCUCGGUCGAGCCCACCGGCCUGAAGAAGUGGCUGGUUGACAACACGAUGCUGGUGACCACCUUGGCUGGGGUCCUGGCGGGGAUAUCAGUGGGCUUCGGACUUCGACCUUACCACCUGGGACCAGAUAUGCUCAUGGUCAUAUCCUACCCCGGCGAAAUAUUCAUGAGGCUGCUGAAGCUGAUGAUAUUGCCACUGAUCAUAGCCAGCCUGAUAGCGGGCUCCGCCAGCCUGAACGCCAAGAUGAGCGGGAGGAUUGCGGUCAGAACUCUGCUGUACUUCAUUCUGACCUCCUUCUUCAACGCUCUCCUCGGUAUUGUCCUGGCACUCCUAAUCCACCCGGGUAAACCAGAAUUAAGGGAGCAUGCGACUGCGGUCGAGGGGAAACGGGACCACAGCAUUUUAGACAGCCUCUUCGACAUUGGCCGGAACAUAUUCCCCGACAAUAUAGUUCAGGCGACAUUCCAACAAGCACAUACUGUGUAUGCUCCACCGACACCCGUCAUCGGAAGGAAUUUCAGUGAUAAUGACACAGUUCCAGAAUUUGUAAGGGUUGUGUCUUACAGAUCGGGGACGAAUACUUUGGGCUUAGUGUUCUUCUGCAUGGUUUUCGGCAGUCUACUCGGAACCUUGGGCCCUAAAGGGCAGGUGGUGAUAGACUUUUUCCAGGCGAUCUUCGAGGUGAUAAUGAAAAUGGUGACUGGCGUUAUGUGGUUCACUCCGGUGGGUGUAAGCAGUAUUAUCGCCGGCAAGAUACUGGGAGUCAGUAAUGUCGGGCAGGUAAUAUCUCAGCUGGCGUGGUUCAUACUGACUGUCACCAUCGGCGUGUUCCUCUACCAGUUGGUGGUGAUGCAGCUGAUAUACUUCGUCUUCUUAAGGCGAAACCCUUACAAGUUCUACUGGGGUCUAUCGCACGCGAUGCUCACCGCUUCAGCAACGGCUUCCACGGCCGCCGCACUGCCGGUGACCUUCCGCAGCAUGGAGGGGCCUCUGAAAAUAGACCCUCGGAUCACCCGCUUCGUGCUGCCCAUCGGCUGCAACAUCAACAUGGACGGGACCGCGCUCUUCCUCACCGUCGCCAGUCUGUUUGUGUGCCAGAUGAACGACAUGCAUCUGGGCUUCGCUCAGCUGGCCGCCAUAUUGCUCGCAUCGACAGCGGCCUCGCUGUCAUCAGCGUCAGUGCCGUCGGCGGCGCUGGUGCUGCUGCUGGUCGUGCUGGCGGCGGUGGACGCGCCCGCGCACGACGUCUCGCUGCUCUUCGCGGUCGACUGGCUCGUGGAUCGAAUCCGCACCACAAAUAACAUGCUCGGCGACUGCUAUGCGGCAGCAGUCGUGGAACAUCUCUCAAAGAAGGAACUAAUGGCCUGCGAUGCCGCAAUCUCGGAACCAACGGAGGCGAAUGGACUCCUGCAGACGUCCAGCACUGAAGUGGAUUUGGAGACGAUAACACCUGGCGACAAGUCUUUAGCGUCCGAUGACGUCAUCAUCGACAUGCAUCCGAAUAACGCCGCCGUGCCAAACAGGGCA